UAUUACACCACCGGCCGACGCAUGCCAUUGAGACACAACGCGGGUUUGUGUCGCCGCAGGUCAUGUCGGUCUCAACUCUACGAUCGCAGUUGGGCAUGCGCGGCCUCCGACCGAUUCCCAAGGCGCGGCUCGGCCAAUCUCAGCCGCGCUUCUCCCAGCAUCGCCAUGCCUCGACCACGACCAACGCGGCUGGCGCCCAGGGCGGCCGUGCCAAAGUCAUUCUCUACGGGAGCGCUCUCGCUGCGUCGCUGUACGUCGCAUACUUCUACGUCACCGACACGCGGGCCUUUGUCCACCGAUGGAUCGUGCCGCGGCUGCUGAGAGUCGCCUUCCCCGAUGCCGAAGACGCGCACCGCUCCGGCACCGCCAUGAUGAAGACGCUUUACAAGCUGAACCUCCACAUCCGCGAACGCGACGCCUCCCUCAAUGACCCUGCCCUUUCGACCACGGUUUUCGACGUCCCGAUCAGCAAUCCGAUUGGUAUCUCGGCCGGGCUGGACAAGGGCGCUGAGAUCCCCGACCCGCUCUUCGCCCUCGGCGCCGGCGUUGUCGAGGUCGGCGGCAUAACACCACUUGCGCAGGGCGGCAACCCCCGGCCUCGCGUAUGGCGUGUCCCGGGCAUUGACGGCAUGGUGAACCGCUGCGGUCUCAAUUCGGAAGGCGCCGAUGCCGUCGCCAUGCGCCUGCGCGACAGGCUACGACGCUUCGCGCGCUCUUUGGAUGUCAGCGAGGCGGCCGUUUUGAACGGCGAGGCGGGCGUGCCGCCGGGGAGCUUGCAAGCUGGCCGGCUGCUCGCGGUGCAGGUGGCGAAGAACAAGGAGACGAACGAGCGGGACGAAAAGGCCGUGGCAGACGACUACGUGUAUUGCGUACGGCGCUUGGCACCCUACGCGGACGUGCUCGUCGUCAACGUGAGCAGCCCCAACACGCCAGGUCUGCGGGAUCUGCAGGCCACUGGCCCGUUGACGCGGCUGCUGGGCGCCGUGGUGGAGGAGGCGCGGCAGACGGCGCGCAAGACGGCGCCGCGGGUCAUGGUCAAGGUGUCGCCGGACGAAGACACGGAUGAGCAGAUGGAGGGCAUCGUGCAGGCGGUGCAGCUCAGCGGCGUCGACGGCAUCAUCGUGGGCAACACGACCAAGAGCCGGUCGGGGCUGGUACCCUCCGGCAUAAAGCUGACGGCACGGGAGGAGCAGGCGCUGGCGGAGCAGGGUGGCUACUCUGGGCCGGCCAUGUUUGGGCGGACGCUGGACCUGGUUGGCCGGUAUCGCAAGAUGCUGGACGAGAAGUCGCACAGCACGGGGACGGCGCAAAAGGCCAUCUUCGCGACGGGAGGCAUCACCAAUGGGGAGCAGGCGCUGCAGGUGCUCAACGCGGGCGCGAGCGUGGCCAUGGUGUAUACUCAAUUGGUCUAUGGUGGCGCGGGUACGGUGACGAGGAUCAAGAAGGAGAUGAAGGAGCGCAUGUAGGGUACUGUAGGGAG